AUGCCACCCGCUCUCACAGCCACUUCAUCGCCUGAAAUCGCUACCCUAAGGACCAAAGACACCACUAUACGAUCCAUCUUCCCAGAUGGAAUCAAAACCUCAGGGCAGCACCCUCCAAGCUACGAAGAAUUAAAACCCUACUCAGAGUUCCCCUCUCAAAUUACGGGCCACACGGUGUGGAAUGCAGCAGAUUGCAAGCGCCAUCCCGAACGUUGGACCCAUCAUUUUACCACCUAUGAAAUCUCAGAACUGAGCGCCGCCGCCGAUGCCUUCAAAGCGACCCGCACGCCGUUGACAGGCAUAACCAAAGAAAACUUCCCCCUCCCCUACCUAUCCAGAUACCUAGCCUCCGUACGUGAUGAACUUCUCAAUGGGAGAGGUUUCAUCCUCUUCAAGAACUUUCCCGUCCAGGAAUGGGGCAACCACAAAUCCGCAAUCGCCUACAUGGGCCUUGGCACCUAUCUCGGCUAUUUCGUAAGUCAAAACGGCAAAGGGCAUGUUCUUGGCCAUGUGAAAGACCUUGGCGAGGACGCGAAGCAGAUUGACAAGGUGAGAAUAUACCGGACCAACGCGCGACAGUACUUCCACACCGACUGGUCAGACAUUGUCGGGCUACUAUGCGUCGCACGAGCUCUCGAGGGUGGCGAGUCGGACAUCUGCUCCUUUCACCAGGUGUACAACGUGCUGAAAGCUGAGCGGCCGGACGUGGUGGAAACGUUGACGAAGCCGAUUUGGUACUUUGACCGCAAAGGUGAGGUCAGCAAGGGCGAAGAGCCAUACAUUCGGACAAGCGUCUUCUAUCUCGAGCAGGGACAUCAUGGAGCGUCUCGAGUAUACUGCAAAUGGGACCCUUACUUCGUCCGCUCUCUCUCCCGCUUCUCCGAUGCAGGUGCCAUCCCCCGUCUUUCCCCUGAGCAGCUCACUGCCGCCUCUGUCCUCGAAGAAACUUGCCAGCGGCUCUCGUUACACAUGGUCCUUGAGGUUGGCGACAUACAAUUCCUUUCCAACGCGCACAUCCUGCAUGCUAGGACAGAGUACAAAGACUACCCGCCACCUGCUCCGCGACGACACUUGAUGCGGUUGUGGCUAUCCACGCCAGCUGCCGAGGGGGGGUGGAGAUUACCGUUUGCUGACCGCGAGGAGAAGAAAAGGGGAGGCAUUCAGGUGGAUAAUGUGGCACCAGUGGCCGAGCUGGAUGCUGCAUAA